AUGAUUUUGAUCUAUCCAUUACUAGCUGUAGCAACAAAAGUUCUGAUAUUCGACGCCGGCAGUAGUGGAACCCGUGUUUAUUUGUAUCAAUACAAAGAUUCUCGAGAUCCAUCUACAUAUGAGGCUGUUUUAGACGAAAAAGGGCAACAAUAUAAUUACAAAGCACAAAUAAAACUAUCAGAUGUUGCGAAAAAUGAGUCUAUUAUGGACGAUAUUUACACAGAACUUCUCACAAACAAAGCAAAUAAUUGGAUUCCAGAAACUGAAAGGCCUGAUGUUCCACUAAUGAUAUAUGCAACUGCAGGAAUGAGACUUUUAAGCAAAGAAGAUCAAACAAAAGUUUUGAAGAUAGCAUAUACAAAAGCAAAAAACAAUUUUAAAUAUAAAAUUAACGAGAAGUAUUUCAGAGUUAUUGAAGGAUAUGAAGAGGGAAUUUAUGCAUGGAUUUCUGUUAACAAACUACGUAACGCAAUAGGAACCGAAGAAAAAACAUUACCAAUCUUAGAAAUAGGAGGAGCAUCUGUUCAAUUCGCAUCCCAGGUUAAUGGUAAGAUUGGAAGCUACCUAAAUAGUUUUGUUAAAAAAAUAAGAAUAGGAAAGGAAUAUUAUAAUGUUUUUGCAUACAGCUGGCUUGGAUUCGGAUCUGAUGUGAGUGGAAAUACAGUAAAUUGGAAAGCUUAUAAUGAUUCAUCUAAAACACCAUGUACAAUUAAAGGUAAAAACUAUUCUGUAAAAACAAGUGAUGGAAAAAUUGAAGUUCCUGGUAAUCCUGAUUUUGACAAAUGCUAUAACUACUUUUCAGACCAAAUAUUAAAGAAGGAUUCAAAAGAAAAUUGUGGUGGUUUUGAAUGUAUUUUUAAAGAUGAAAGGGAAAACAAAUGCGUUCCUUUGCCCGAAAAAUUUGACAAACUAUAUGGAUUGGGCGUAUUAAAUUAUGAAGCAGGUUAUUUUAAACUCAAAACAUUUGACCUGAAUACUUUUAAAAAUGAAUCAUUCAAAUUUGGAAAUUAUUCAGCUGCUGAAGCAGAAUCCAUUUUUCAAGGAAAUCCAUUUUUAAGUUCUUUUUAUUCUCAACAAUUAUUAAUAAUCAAUUUCCUAUCUCGAGGUUUUGGCAGCUUCAUUGAUUCCGUCACAAUAAAUGCACAAAGGAAAAUUAAUAAUGCAGAGCCUCAAUGGACUCUUGGAGCUGUUUUAGAGGCCGGAUCUGCUGCAUCCAUUGGUUUGCAGUGGUAUUUUAUUUUGCUAAUUGUUCUUGCAAUAAUAAUUAUCAUUGUAGUUAUCAUCAUUAUUAUUGUUUGCUGUGCUUGCAAGAAAGAUAAAUCACACCCUUCAGAUAAUGAUGAAAAUGAAGAUUCAGGUUCUGGAGUUAAUGUUUAA